AUGCGACUAUCCAAGUCGGCUCUUCCUCUGCUGCUGGCAGCAGUUUCAGCGCAAAAGACUUGCUACCGUCUCGAUGGUUCCGAAGCGAGCUCAGAGUUCACACCUUGUAACCCAAACGCAAAGGUCAGCGCCUGCUGCCAUCUCAAUAAAGAGGUGCCGGACAUUUGUUUGAGUUCUGGACUCUGCCUCUCCCAGCAGCCUGGGUACGAGGGACUGAUAUACUCAAACGGCUGCACUGACAAGACAGGAAAAGACGCUGCCUGUCCCCGGCCGUGUGCCGAUGGAAACACCAAGUCAGUUACUGCGUACAAUGUUCUUCCAUGUGCCCCUGGGCGGCAGUUCUGUUGUCGUGUCUUUGGAGAUAACAACAACUGCUGCGGUGAUAUCGUAACAGUCGCAAUCGGGUCGGUCAUGACAGUUGAAUCGGCAACACAGGCUUCCACCACAAUGAGCGCUGGGGGGGACAUUAGUGGAACUAUCUCAACAACCAACCCGACGAUAAUAUCUUGCGCAAACUCUACAGAUGAUAAAACCUCUAACACAUGCCCCACAGACAACUCUGUGGUUAUCGGGAGUGCUGUGGGAGGGGCUCUCGGUGCCCUUCUCCUGUGUUCACUAGGUACAAUCAUGCUGCUACUCCUGAGGAGAACAAAA